AUGACUUCUGAAGUUAUAGUCAAGUGUUGCGUGACGUCAAACGCAUCUGGAGUUUUAAAUUCGUCGUCAUCAGGGUGCGACACAUCGGAUGAGAGUCGCUCAGAUCACGGGAAACAGACGGUUGACACAAUGAUUCAACCAAAAGAAGAAUAUGAGGAUAACACUCCUGUGGAAACGUUUGAAGUGAAAAGUGAAGAAGCACUGGAGUUGAUGUUUCAGAAAGAAGAGAGGAUCAGUAGGACGUCAUUGAGAUCGAUCAAGUGCCACUACUGCUCACAGUGUGGAAAUAGUUUCAGUCUGAGACAGCAGUUAACACGACACAUGCUCAUACACAGCGGAGACAAACCCUAUCCGUGCUCCCAGUGUCCCAUGAGAUUCAGAACAAAAGAGAGUCUGCUCGAGCAUACGCGAGUACACACGGGUGAAAGACCGCACGUGUGCGAUCAAUGUGGGAAGGGCUUCAUACGGCCGGGAAGACUUCAAAUCCACAGGAGAAUUCACUCCGGAGAAAAACCUCAUGAAUGUUCUCAGUGUGGGAAGAGUUUCAAAAGUGUUGAUGAACUACAGCGUCAUGUGCGCUUACACACGGGACAUAAACCCUUCCACUGUGCUCAGUGUGAUAAGAGUUUCACUCGCAGCGGACAGCUGAGCAGACACGUACGAUUACACACCGGUGAGAGACCUUACCAGUGUACACACUGUGUGAAGAGUUUCUCACGAGCAGAACACCUCAGAGGACAUCAGAUCAAUGUACACAGAGAAUAAACACCUGAGGGGACGUCAGAUCAAUGUACACAGAGAACAAAUACCUGAGAGGAUGUCAGAUCAAUGUACACAGAGAAUAAACACCAGAGAAGACAUCAGAUCAAUGUACACAGAGAACAAAUACCUGAAAGGAUGUCAGAUCAAUGUACACAGAGAACAAACACCUGAGAGGACGUCAGAUCACCGUACACAGAGAAUAAACACCUGAGAGGACAUUAGAUCUCUGUACACAGAGAAUAAACACCAGAGAGGAUGUCAGAUCAAUGUACACAGAAUAAACACCUGAGAGGACGUCAGAUCACAGUACACAGAGAACAAACACCUGAGAGGACGUCAGAUCAACGUACACAGAGAAUUAACACCAGAUAGGAUAUCAGAUCAAUGUACACAGAGAAUAAACACCUGAGAGGACGUCAGAUCACAGUACACAGAGAACAAACACCUGAGAGGACGUCAGAUCACCGUACACAGAGAACAAACACCUGAGAGGACAUAAGAUCUCCUUGAACAGAGAAUAAACACCUGAGAGGAUUUCAGAGCAAUGUACACAGAGAACAAACACCUGAAAAGACGUCAGAUCAAUGUUCACAGAGAACAAACACCAGAGAGGACGUCAGAUCAAUGUACACAGAGAAUAUACACCAUCUUAUCUAAAUCAAUGUAUAAGAUGCUUAAUUUAAAGAGUUACUAAUAACUGCCAAAGUGACCAUUUUGUUUGAUAAAUGUUUUUUUGAUAUAUAUUAAAAAAAUUAUCUUUAUUUAGAAGCACUGCAUUCUCACGUGUCCCAGAGGAAAAUGCUAUAGAUGUUUCUCUUCCAUAGCUGAGGAGAUCUGAUGGAGUUCUAAUUGUGUUUCAUUUAUAUAUCAACAUAGUCAAAAAUUACUUAAAAAGAGAGAAAAAUAAAAUAGUGUAAUUGUUGAAACAUAUGAAGAGUUUGGAUGUGUAAAUGAAUAUAGAUUGUAGAGGUCAAAUAAUCUGGAUUUGGGUACAUUUGAGGUCAUAUUGAGAUCUUUGAUCAAAUUGAUCUUUGAUUGCAGACUUGACAAAUCUGAGCUCAGUUUGACACUUUGUUGACAUCUCUUCUCAAACUCCAAUGACAGACCCUUUAUCAGAUUUGACUCUUUUUCUCAAGGGGAAAUAUCUGAGACACACAUGAGAGGUAAGCAAUUGUUUCCAUUUGCUCUCCAUUUAAUCUUAUUGAUGUCUAGAACAGAUAAUUGAGAUAUUAAAGAGAUCUCUUGUGUGGUCUGUCUGGCUGUGUGCUUUUUAUUAUUAAAUAAGGAAUUAUGAACGUACACUGUUCUCUGAUACUAUUACAAAAAUUUGAUUUAAUGAAAUAACAUUUGACUGCACUUGAGUAUUUUUGUGGCUUCUUUAGAUUUAUAAUAAAGAGUUUUUCGCCCUGGUU